AUGAACGACUCACAUGAAUUAAAAGAAUUUACAAUCAAGGAUUUAGGAAUCUAUACUUCUAUGUUUUCUUUAUUCUUACUAUCUAUUUUCCUAGUUAUUCUAUUUAUUAUCAUUUUUCCUAUUUUUGUUAUUUUAAAUCGAGCCAACAGACGGCGGGAUGAAAAAACAGCAAUAUAUCCUAUCACUAAUUAUUUUUACAAAUCUUUAUGCGUCUUUUAUAUUUUUUCAACAGUUUGCAUCAUAAUAACAGUUUUGAUUUUAAUAUAUGGACCUCCAAAUGCAUUCACUGGAACCGUCAAUAUAAUUUUUGUGUUCUGCAUUGUUUUUCCCCUCAUCAUUUUUGUGCAUGUUCAUCAUCUGAUAAUAUUUUUGAUGGCAGUUCAAAGAUUUUUACUGGUGUUCUUCCCGUCUUUUGAGCCACUGGUGACUUUUGGGCAGAAAACCACCAACAAAAUAAUUUACACCCUUCAUUUUCUAUUUAUUCUUACGCAUUUGGGACUAUUGAUCCUUGAUUGGGCUAAUUAUCAAGGUUCACUUAGUCAGAUCCCAACAUUAUAUUAUCUUUGUUAUUUUAUAUUUCUCAACAUUAUACAGAUAACAUCAGCAAUUUUGUAUAUCCCAAUGGUGAUGAAAAUUCGAAGUUUUGCACAUUUGGCGUCCUCAAGGACUUAUCAACCUCAAAACUUUAUUUUGUAUCAGACAUUGUUCAUUUCAGGCUCUAAAUCUUCUCAUAUUUGGGCUCUUGGCCUUGUCUUCUGGGCUGAUUUUUCAGUGAUACAUUUUUUCAUAAUUUGCGGUGGAUUUGAUUUGUUAUCAACUCCUGUAUUAAUCCAAGUAUCUUAUUUGUUUUGUAACAAGCGGAAUGUAGAAACGUUGAGAUUAAAAUUUUCAUUAAAGAAACUUGUCAAGGCUUGCAAAUUUAUAGUUUUUCCGAAAUGGAGGAAAGUGGAGCCGAUGGAAUGUGCACUGACCGAGUUGGGCACAGCUGCAUUUUAA